AUGAAUAACAAUAACACUCAAAAUUCUAUUAAAAGCUCAUAUAAACAAAUAAAUAAUAAUGAAAAUUAUUUAUUAUAUAAUGAUGAGCAAGAUAAAGAUUGUAAUAACAAUUAUUUGAAUUAUUUGUUGGGUGUUAAUGAAUCAGAUGAACAAGUUAGAGAUAAUAAUAAUAAUUAUUUGAAUUAUCUUGAACAAACAAGUGAUGAUAAACAAACAAGUGAUGGUGAACAAAUAAGUGAUGGUAAACAAACAAGUGAUAGUAAACUAACAAGUGAUUGUGAACUAAUGAGCAAUGAUGAAUGGGUAAUAAGUGAUAAUAAACAAAUAGGUAAUAAUGAUAUUAAUGACCUAUUAAAUAAUAAUGUUAAUAAUUUUAAUACAAAAUUAGAUGAUUUUAAACAUUUAGAUAAUACUAGUAAAAAUAUGAUAGAUAACAAAAAAAGUUUGGAUAUUGAAAAGGUCAUUCAAAAAAAAAAACAAAAUGAAGAAGAUCCAAUAAAAAGAACUUUUUUAUAUAAACAUUCAGAUAUAUACAAAUCAAACAAAACAGCUGAUCUUAAUCAUCAACAAGAUAAAACCUCAAUAAACAAAGUAGUUGAACUUAAUUUAGAUGAAAAGUUAAUCGAGAUUCUUGAAAAUUUAAAAAAAAAAGAUCAAUCAAUUUUUAAUGAUUGUCAUGAAUCUAAAAAUACAAUUCUAGAUGAAACAA